GUAUCACACGGACGGCCAUGUUUCCGAAACACAAACAACAAGAAGAGCAGCAACUAGGAGCCAGCAGACACAUACUGAUACGCAGCAGCGACCGUUGGAGGAGAGGGGAAAAAUAAUAAAUAAAAUACAGAGCACGACUUUCUAAAAGUACGAUUCUGUCGAAUGAAUACGUUUACAGUGUUUAAAGAGACCAAUGCAUACGAUAUAUUGGCUGUAGACACAAGGUGCAGACAACCAGUCUGGUAACGUUAGCUAUAAACAGUGAAGUGGUGCUAAGGGAGGAAGGAGUACAGGAAAAAAAGGAGUUACCUGGAGGGUCUCCGUCAAUCCACAUUUCAGUUGGAGUGAGACAAAAAGGCACGGAGGGAGAGAGAGAAAAGAAAAAAGGAGUACGAGUCGUGUCUGCUCUUGGCAGCUGUUCCAGCAGCCUGUUUCAGUGUGUUGGCUGUUAUUUUGUUCCUGCGUUACCUUUUUGAUAAAUCAAGUCAUAUUUUUAACUUUAAUGUGAGAUAUAACUGCUGUAAAAAGAAAACAUCACUAGCAAGAGUGUUUUAUUUUGUUCCAUCAUUAAUUUCUAAGGUUUUUUUUUUGUUUCCUUUUUUUUGUUUAUCAACCCUUUUCGGCUGUGAGUAGCAGGAGCUUUUAUUCUCCAAACUAUCGUCGACCCCCCUUCCUUAUCUAGAUAGGACCUGAUAACCUGGUAUUCCUCAAGCACCUGAAACUGGCAGCUAUUCUCUUUGUGUCUGUGUGUUUGGGGAGCUCUGUGACCACAGCUUAAGCACCACUCAGCCUUCUAGUCACCUAAGCCUAACUAAAACCAGCCAGCUCAAGCCUGGUCCAGCCCAGUCCAGCCUGCUCCGAUCAUCUGGACAGGAUACUCAAUUCUGUGUAGACGUGAGGAAUAUGACUGCUGAGACUCUUAACUUCGGCCCAGAAUGUAAACAAAAUAUCUUUUGGUUGUUUGAACAAAAGCUAUUUGAAGACAUCAUCUUGGACUCUCACAAAAGGCUCCGUGCACUGUCCAGUGGGGGGAGUGUGACGUCCCCCCCUCCUUCCCCCGCCAUGCCAAAGUACAAGUUGGCCGAGUACCGCUACGGCCGAGAGGAGAUGUUAGCACUUUAUAUCAAAGACAACAAGGUCCCAGAGGAUAUGCAGGAUAAGGAGUUUGCUGCUAUUCUGCAAGAUGAGCCCAUGCAGCCACUGGCACUGGUGCCUCUCACUGAGGAGGAGCAGAGGAACUUCUCCAUGUCUGUGAACAGUGUGGCGGUGCUUAGGCUCAUGGGAAAAGGGGUGGGCGGGGCUGCCCCAGCUGGAGUGGUCCGAGGACGAGGGGCCACACGAGGUGGUCGAGGACGAGGUCGUGGUGAAGGUGGAUUCUACCAAAGAAGUAUUGAAGAAGCGGAGGUGGGUUUCGGACGCAGCGUCCGAGAGAUACACCGCAGCCAGAGCUGGGAUGACCGGGGCGAGCGUAGAUUCGAGAAGCCGCUGCGUCGGGAGGUGGGGCGUCCUGGCUUUGAAGAGACUGUUGGUCCCGUGGUUCCAGGAAGGAAGGAGUACACAAGGGCUGACAGCGAUAACUGGCGCAUCCUCCGGGAGGAGCAGGAGGAGGAGGAGGGGGUGGAGCCGGGUACCAACUGGAGACUUGCUGGAGCCCGCAGGGAUGUAUCCUCACUGAUGGCGGUCAACUCUUUGUCAGAUGGUGGUCCUCGCUCAGCAGGCUGGCGAGAGCAUACUGGUCCAGGUGAGAGUCGUCGAAGGAAGUUUGAUUUUGAUUUCCGUGACUCUGAGGGCCAUGGUGGUGGCCGCCGGCGUGCAGGCAGUGAGGGACAGGAGGAUGACAGGGACGGCCUGCCAGAGUGGUGUACAGACGAGGAGGACGGGGAGAUGGGCACGUUUGACUCCUCUGGAGCUUUCAUGACUAUGAAGAAGGGUGGCAAGGAGACAAUCCUGGAGGACGAGUUUGAGUUUAAGGGGAUAGAGGAGGAAGAAGAAGAAGAUGAAAACUUUGCUGACAUUGACAGGAAUAGUGCUGAAGGAGACAAAGACAAUGAGAGUAAAGAAUGUGGCUCUGCAGUAGGGGAUGCUGAGACAAAGCCAGCAUCACGUUCUUCUUCUCCUCCAGCUCUCCAAAACUGUUCCCCUCCAGCUCUGGAGCCUCGGCCCAGCAACGCUGGCCCAGCGGUGGACAACCCUCAGCUAAACAACAGCCACCCUUUCAAGGCCAGCAGCAUGCCCAGUGAAGUGUCAGACAUGGCUCCGAUAGGGGGCUCCAAGGCCCAGCUGAGCCCUAGCGCCCCCACCUCUUCCAAUCUGCCUCCCCCACCCCCUUCCUCUGCUGUUCCUCUCCACCCUCCACCUGGAGGAGACACAGAGGAUGAUGAGGGCAUGAAGCACCUGCAGCAGGAGGCAGAGAGGAUGGUGGCAUCACUGCAGGACACUUCUUUGGAGGAGGAGUGUUUCACCCAGGCGCUGCAGCAGCAGCAAGAGAGCAGGAACACAGCAGCUGCUCUGCCACUGUCACAUGAGGCCGCCAUGAAGUGGUUCUACAAGGACCCACAGGGAGAGAUCCAGGGUCCAUUCACCACAGUGGAGAUGUGCGAGUGGUUCCAAGCUGGCUACUUCACCAUGACCCUUCUGGUGAAGCGGGGCUGCGACGAGGGCUUCCAACCCCUUGGUGACGUCAUCAAGAUGUGGGGCCGCGUGCCCUUCGCCCCAGGGCCCUCCCCGCCGCCCCUGCUGGUGAGACAGCCACCACCAACGCAGCGCCCGCAGCCCACCCGAGGGCCCGCCGGGACUGUGAGUCAGAGCUCAGCCAACGUAGAGGAUGGGGAGGGGAGGAUGCAGAGGAGAGGGAAGAUUGAUAGACAGGUUACGGGAAACCUGGACCAGGACCGUCUGAAAAAGCAACAGGAGCUGGCAGCAGCAGCUCUUUAUCAGCAGCUCCAACAGCAGCAGCUAUUCCAGCUCAUUAACAGGUGCAGUGAGCAGGGUAUGAUGCCUUCGAUGAAUAGGUCGAUGUCAGUGCCAGAUACAGGGUCCAUGUGGGACAUGCAUACCUCAGCUUCACAGCCGUCAGGCGGUGAAGCCAGUCUUUGGGACAUAACAAUGAAUCCUUCUACUCAGGGUCCAACUCUCGAACAGCUUCAAAAGCUGCAGCAGGAGAGGCGAGACGCUGAACUCAGGGCAAAGCGCGAGGAGGAGGAGCAGCGUAAGAGGAGGGAGGAGAAGAGGAGGCAACAGGAGGAGCAAAAGAGGAGGGAUGAGGAGGAGCUCUUCAGACGCAAGCAGUGUCGUCAGCAGCAGGAACUGAUCAUGAAGUUGCUGCAGCAGGCCCCCCAGCAGCAGGGUCCUGGGGCAAGCGGCUCAGGCUGGAGCGGGGCUCCCUCAUCUGGGCUAUCCAAGUCAGGAAAGCCCUCGACUCUGGCUCUGCUGGAAAUGCAGCAGGAGGCAGAGAGGCUCCUGAAGCAGCAGCAGCAGCAGAGGCAGCAGCAGAGAGACCGCCACUCCGGCAUGUCAAUGGGGAGCUCCUCCAUGGGAGGGCAGUGGGUGGAUGGUGUUGGCAUGUGGGGUGGGCCUGGAGGUAUGGAGGGUAAGGGCAGCAGUGGAAGCUCUUCAGGCAGCAUGGGCAUGUGGGACGAGGCUGUGAAGAACCAAACCGGCCUGCGUGGUAACAGCAACAACAACAUGGGCUUGAAGAACAGCCGCAGCAGCCCUUCACUCAGUGAACAGUACAUGAUGCGUCGUAAGCGGACGGAAGAGGAGGAGAAGCUGCUGAAGCUGCUGCAGGGCAUGAAGCCUCAGGACGGCUUCACUACCUGGUGUGAACAGAUGCUGCACGCUCUCAACACCUCUGCCAACAACUCGUCCUCCUCUCUGGAUGUUGCCACAAUUGUGGCAUACCUGAAGGAGGUGGAGUCUCCCUAUGCAGUACUGGACUUCAUCCGGUCCUAUCUAGGGGACACAGUGGAAGCCAAAGAGUUCGCCAAACAGUUUCUGGAGCGACGUGCCAAACAGAAAGCCAACCAACAGAGACAGCAGCAGCAGUUAUCAAAGGAAGUGGCUGGAUUGAACAUGAACUUCCCUCUGCAGGACUCAAUGCGAGGUAUGAAUCCAAGCACCCUGCAGUCCAUGUUUCAAGCUAACCACAUGGGCAAGGCUGGUCUUUAUGACAACCAGGGGGGAAAGAUGAAGAAGAAACAGCCCAUGAUGCUGCACUCUGACCCCAGCAUCUUAGGGUACUCAUUCCACAACACGGGCGAGUGUCUGAGCCUGAAUGAGAUGGAGAUGGUGGAGGAUUACUGAUGUGACGCAGCGCAGCAGCAAUAGCUACCUGAGGCCUUCUGUCUUUUAAUCAGACAAACCUGAUAACGAAUGUGCACUGCUGGGGGUACCGGGGAGGGGAGGGGUGUGAUAGGAAGGGAGCAAGGGUUAGGGGAGGUGCAGGGUGGAGGCGCCUGGAGCUGCGCCUCCUACUCCUUCCUUCCCUCUGGCAAGAAAAAAAGGGCUCCCCUGCUGCACCAGUUGAUCACUUGAGCAAGGGUGAGGAGGGGUGAUGUUAAAAGUAUGAUGGGUAUCCUCUGGCACUCAAAAGAUUAAGCACCUUAUACUGAACUAAUGCACUUUAUUGAGAUGGGAUUUGAAAUUUUUUUUCUUUGUGUGUGAGAAUAUGUGUGUGUUAGUGUGUGUGUGUGUGUGUGAGAGAGAUAGAGAGAGAAUGUGUGUUGGGAAUCAGUGCACAUACGGUAUGUGUACAUACACAUUAUCUGUGUGGCUGGCAUCAGAACUGGAAGGGGUCGGUGAAACAGUCGGUGGGGUGAGUGGUUUUCAAAGUCAGGGGGACCUUUUAGUUGAAACCUUAUCAGACAGCAAAUCCUUUCUCAAAAGACAAACACUGUUGAUAUUUCUCUUGUUAAGCAUUUUUUUACGUUUAUAUAAAAAUUAAAGCUAUUGAAAAAUGGAUGAUAAAAAAAAAACUUGAAGAUUUGCACUUGCCUAAAAAAGAAAUAACAAAAACAACAAAAAAAGUCAAAUGGGGUUAGUUGUAGAAGUAAAUAUUUUUGCGAAUGUGUGUGGAUGACUGUAAGAGUGACUGAUGUGUGAGGGUUGGUUUGUGUCGGUGAUAUACCAGUCUGCACAAUUUAUUUUUUUUCAUUCUUCUGUUGCUUACAAAGAUGUAAGAGGCCAUUUUUGUCUUUUGUUUUGUUCAAAUGGUAAUUUUGUAUUCUCAUGUUUGGAGAGACUGUGUUUGUGUGUGUGUGUCCCUUCUCCAAACAGGGACUUGAUCUGUAUGUUUUGAGAGAGAUGAAUGAAUGAAUGAAUGAGACAGAGAGAGAGGGCAAUUGCACAACACAUUAUUUCUCUCACCAGCUCUUCAUCCCCAUAUAGACUAAAUAGAAAUGCAUACAUUUGUAAAUGUUAGCUUUGUGCUCAUUAUAAGAUGACCACCACUAGUUUAUUCCCCUUAGCCUCUCCACGUGGGGAGCUGUCGCUAGACCUGUGAAGACUAGCAGGCAGGGCAAAUCAUGAGGGACAUUACUGUGUGUUUGCAUCAGAAUGAGACUUUGUGUGUAUGAGUGUGUAUGUGUGGUUUCAGAGUGCAUGUUCAUUUACUGUUCAUAGAAAUGAGUUAAGACUACAGGUACUCAUUUUGGAUACAUGUGCUUUUUUGUAUGUGUAUGAAUGCACAUUUGUGCCUAAGAAAUUGGAUAGGGUGCGUGGCCAUUGAGACAUUAACUCUUUUUUGAGAGCAAGUGUGAUGUGUGUCAGUGCUCAGCACAGUGUAUGUAAAGUAUGUAAGUUUAUAUCGUCAAUAUUUCUAGUUCAGUCUAGGGGUGAUCCAACGGAAGAUUAGUCCGGUCUGUUUUCCUGGGAUGUGAUCACGUUGCCUUUUGUCAGCUCUCGAACUUGUGAAUGAAAGGUGUCGAGUUUCUGACUCUGGAAAAAAACAAACAGCAUCUUAAUGUGCAAGUGCACAGAACGGUGCAUGAAAUGUUAGCAUAUUGUGUUACUUAUUCGUUGUUGCAAUUUGAUAAUGACGAGUUUUCUUUUUUAAUGAAAAAUAUAUAUGAAUAUAUACAUUAUAUACAAAGUUUAAAAAGUAUUUCGACUAAGAUAAUGAGCACUUGGGGCUGCUAUUUUUGUUUUGUGUUAUAAUUUUUUUUUUCUUAAUUUUUUUUCUUCAUUUUGUCUCAUCGCCAUGUGAAGUGUGUGUGUGUGUGUGUAUUAUUUCUUAAGAAAAUAUUGAAUGUAUUCCAAAAAAAUGACAAGAAACCCGUGCUGAUACCAGAUUUUUUUUUCCUCAGAAGAUUUCAAAAAUGGAAACAAAAUACAAAAAAGCUUCAAAGUGUUUAGCAAGAACUUUUUUUCUAUUUACACAGUUGAAAAAAAAAAACUGGGGACGGACACAGUUGAACACACUGCCUCUACAAUCCUGGUCGUACAAAAAGUGACUAAGAAUUAAAGGAAAAGACUCUUUCUAUUCCAUACUGGAGCUUUGGUUGUUUACAAACCACAUGGAUAUCAGUGGGUGCAGUUUUUUGUUUCCUAUUUUUCUUUUUGUUCCCACAAAAGACGGGUGGGGUUUGCAAGUGCGCUUCUGCCAUAUGGACGUUGAGUGGUGUUUGGGGGCGGGGGGGGGGGUUAAGGAAGAGUGGCAGGUAUCACAAGAACGAGAUCCUCUAACCGGACCUUUGUGUUUGGUCGUGGAUUUUGUGACUUGAUUAACCACGGAGCGGAGGCGGCAAAAUCAAGGAUCUGUUCUGUUUUUUUGGAGAACGGAGUGCAUAACCCUAGAGGGAAGGGAAGGGCAAUAGGAGUACACCUGGUUAGUGCACUUGUCUUCACCUCAAUCCCUCAUAAGCACUCGCACCCUGCCCUCACCAACUCACCUAUGCACUUUUGUUCAUUCAAGCUGUGAGGUACCAUUUUGGGGAUGGGAGCACAACAGGAGGAUUGCUAUGACUUAUGACAAAGUCACUGAAAAGAUAUUCCCAAACUGAAAAUAAGAGACUCGAGAAUCUCGUCUUCUCCCACCUCCUGUAUAUAACCAUAUUUUUGUAUUAUCUUUCAAAGUAGAAAGACAAAUUUGCAAAUGGAUGAAGGAAAAUUCAUGAGACGAUGAUAAUACGGAGUGAAUGUUCUUCAAGAAAACCAAUCUUUUGAAUAUAGUUUGCGAUUGACUCGCUGUAAGUUUCCCUUAUUUUGCUUGUGACCCUGGAAUAAUCGGGGAUAGAAGAGGGUGAAAAAAAAAA